CUUUUUUCGCGUGCCAGUCCUCGAGCUGGUUUUGUUCGCCGGUUUUAUAGCUGUGCUGCAGCCAUCAUGGUGUGCUGCGUGGCGCUCGCCAUCGCCGCGGUGGGCGUCGCUGCCUUGGCGGCGGUCGCUUACUGGUUUCGGUACUACGCCGACGCCUGCUGGAGUCUCAUCUUCGCCGAGCACUUCGGUACUUCACCCGCCACCCUCAGGCGCCAAGUAGCAUGGGUCACGGGCGCAGGGAGCGGCGUCGGCCGUGCCACGGCGCUCGAGCUCGCCUCUCACGGAGUCAAGGUAGUCCUCUCAGACGUGGACGAGCAGGCCAUCGAAGACGUCAAGUACACUCUCGUCGCGCAGGAACUAUUGGCCGAAAAAGACGUGCUGGUCCUUCCAAUGGACGUGACCAAGUUCGACGAGCACUCGAAGCUGUUUGAAAAAGUGCUCGAGAGGUUCGGCCGCCUCGACAUCCUCGUCAACUGCGCGGGUCGCUCCCAGUCGGCCCGAUUCCAGGACAUCAGCAUGGAGGUACACAAGGCCAUGUUUGACCUGAACGUGUUCAGCCACGUGCACCUGACUCAGACGGUGGUUCCGCACUGGCUGGAGCGGAGGAGUGGUCACGUGGUCGUGAUCAGCAGCGUUGCCUCCAAGAUCGCACUACCUGACUCGGCCACAUACAACGCGACCAAGGCCGCUCUGCACGGCUACUUCGAAGGCCUCUGGUCCGAGGUGUUCGACAAGGGGAUCAACGUUACCCUGGUCUGCCCGGGACCCGUGGCCACGCCGAUCCGCCAGAAGUGCUUUAGCGACGUCCUGGGUAAGACCGAGAGCUUCAAGCCGGCGCCACCGGGCAAGAGCAACAAAAUGGCGCCCACCCGCGCCGCUCAACUCAUCGUGCUCGCGGUGGCCAACAAGCUCGAGGAGAUCUGGUUCGGUCCGCAGCCAUUCGUUGUGUACGCCUACCUGGCGCAGUACUUCCCCACGAUCUUCAGGAGGCACGUCGUCCCUUCGAUCUUCCAGAAGGACCACAUCGCAAAGCUGCGCGACGGCUAAGUCGUGAAACAUGUUAGUGUUUCAAA